CAAUAUCCCAGAGCGUUCCCCAGUUAGUGAGAAGGGAAGGUGGGAGGAUGUGACUCCCUUCCUCGAGAGCUUGACCCACACAAAACAAGCGAGUGAGGAAGGUCUGACCACACAGGCAGACCAGACGUACAGACAGUGAAGCAUGCUGUUUGUGGACGUCUUCUCCUGUGGAGCGUUGAUGCUCUGCUGCGCCCGGCUCUGUGCAGCCCUGCAGGUCUCACAUGGACAGCAGCUGAUGGACAACCCCGCAGUGACAGAGCACACCCCUCCAUCAGCCUCCACUGUCUCCCAUCACGGCCCUCACAGUGCACCGUGCUUUGUGGAUGACAUAUUUGCAGCGCUGCGUGAAGGUGUUGGGAGCCACGGUGAACUCACAAACCGCAGUUUGGCUCAGUUUGGGAUCUGCACUGAAUCUGACAGCUCUUCAGUCUUAUUACAGCUGGCUAAGGAAACAAACAAAAACCAGGGAAAUGGAUUGGAGGUUUUGCAUCCAGGUGGAGGAAUCAGAGGUGUCAAAGAUGAGACGGGAACUCUCGUGUUGACCUUUGAACUCUCACUGUCCCCUUUGCUGAAGGUGAACCCUGUGCUGCUGUUGGCAUUUGAAAGUCCGCUCACAGGACGAAACCUGGAUAUCACUUUCACGAGUCAGUCGCUGCAUCCAAGCACACAGUCUGUGUGCAUCUCAGGAGAAACGCAGUACAUAGUGCUGACAGGAAAAGCAACACAAGGCAACGUUCAGCAGACUUGGAUGAUUUCUGUUGAGACAAAAACCCCUGACACGAACCAAAUCCUAAAAGACAUCCUCAUUGGUGGAAAACCAGGAAGUAACACCAGUGUCACUCCUCUUCUGCUUUUCUCUGUGGAAAGAGGAUCUGAUACAAGACAUACACACGCCUCUUCACACACCUCCUUCUUCUGUGAGCUGAAGCGUUUCCUGCGUGACGUCCUGCCUCAGGACCACUCUGCGUCCCCUCCCCUCCAGCUGGACUCCCUGCAGUCCCUGCCUCCUCUCACGCUAGACUUAUCCUCCAGCGAGACCCUGCUGGCAGGACUGAUCAACUCCUCCUCCCCCACCAUCUUCUCCUUCACCGGCUGUUGCUCCAUGUUUCAGACGCACGAUGGAGAGCUGGCCUUGUCUCCUGCGCUGCUGGAGGAGGUCAAGCGCAGGUUGGAGCAAACUGUGGUGCAGAUAAUGGAGGUAAUAAUGGAGGAGGAGGUUGGUCACAGAGCUGCAGAGAGGCUGGGAAGGCUCAGAGAUCUCAGUGCAUUUCCGAAGACGGAACCAGCAGCAGGAGGGAGCCAGUACCGUGCGUUCCUCCUGCUGAAGGCCCUACAGACGGUAGCCGGUGCAUAUGAGGUGCAGAGAGGACUGCGGGCGACCAGAGCUGGACCCAACAACCCAGCGAGAGGCAACAUAUGUGGGCUGAGGAGCCUCACUGUGUCCCUUGAAAAGCGUGUUGUGGGACCAAACACUGCCAACAUCAACAACUGCCAUGGCUCCUGUGCUUUCCCCAUGGUCAACACCAACAACCACGCCGUCCUGCUCAGCUUCCACAUCGAGAGUGAGAAUGCAGACGAGCGGGCGCCGUGCUGUGUGCCUGUGGCCUAUGACGCCCUGGAGGUGGUGGACUUGAACGAACAUGGGACGUACUUGUCCAUUAAACCAGAUAUGGUGGCGAAGGAGUGUGGUUGCCGUUAAAGCUGUUUUUGUCUUGGAGUGAAGUUGUGACAUAAAAGAUAUUUCACAGAUUUUCACUGACCACAGUCUGUUUGACACUUUAAGUGUCAUUUAAAGCAGCUAUAAGGAGUUUUUAACCGAUUAUGAAGCAGUCUCGAUUUACAUACCUGAGACCGUCAGCAAGAAGAUUUGCUUUUUCUGAAUCGUUAUUCUUAAAUGUAUUGCAAUUAUUCACGGCACACAGACAGGAAGUGUGUUAGCAUUUCUAGGCAAACUUAAGUGGGAUUAACACCUAUGCAUCAGCUCAGAGCCUACGCCGCGGCCUACGCUGUUCAUACUCGUGCGGUGGUGUGUCUGUGUCAUUCUGCAGUUACACCUCCAAAAUACUAGUUGGCGGCAGGUAGAGUUUAGUUGAUCCAAAACACACAUUAAACACACAUUAAACAUGGCUUAAUAGAGACAAUUUCAAACACAAGUACACAAAUCAGCUUCACUAUAACUCGCAGCAUUCACAAAGCACUUGUCUUUAUCUGGACACAUUUUCCCCACAAAUACAACAUGCUAAUGUUUUUAGCACAAGCCUAUGGCAUUUUACAUUGUAUAAAUUAGCCUAGUAGCUAUCGGACAUUUCUUCUGCUCAUAUGACACCAGGGACAACAGCAACAUUUAACUGAGGUAACGUUAUAAAAUUUGGCUCCAUUACAACUCACAAAGCUCACCAACAAAACAACUGUCUUAAGCUAAACACAUUUUCUAAACAAAUAUAAGAUGCUAACGUUAUUAGCACAAGCCUAUGGCAUUUUACAUUGUAUAAAUUAGCCUAGCGAUGAAUGGAGAUAUCCACUGCUCAUAUGAAGCCAGGAUAAAUCACACACAAGACUUAAAAUGCUAUUUUGUGGAGGCUUUAUUGUCUUCACAAUUUAUUGUUUCUUAUCUAUGAAAUAAAAGUAAAUAAAAGCUUCGUUUCCACUGAGGGAAAUGGUUUCAGGUUACAAAAAUAGACAGGAAGUCUGUGUCACCACGACGUGUAGUUAUGUUUCUGGGGAGGUGCCUG